AUGUCGGAAGUCAGUGCAAAGCGAAGAAAACUAAGCACGGAAAAUGGAGCUCAGCAUGCGACCAGUAAAGGAGUCAAAGGCACGGAAAAACGAUCGCGAUCGGAUGUGCCUACAGCCGAGCUUGCUGCAGCCAGUGGCGUGUUCAAAUCCAAUGUCUUCAAGUUGCAAGUGGACGAAUUGCUCUCCCAACUGCGACCAGACCAUGAUAAGCUCCUUUCCCGUGUCGAAAAACCGCUGCGGAAACUGAAAAGCAUUAUUGAGAGAAUCCCGAAUAUCCCUUCCAAACCUGUGUAUGAGGCGGAGAGAGAACUGCGCAAACGAUCGGGCAUUGCAGUUCCGUUUCCAGACCCUCGUCCUGCGAAGGACACAAAAUACACACUACAAUACACCUCCCCGGUGAAUAUCAACGUCGUCGGGAGCUUUGUGAUCAAGACGGAAAUAAAGUCAAAGCUUACUACAAUCGAUCUGGCGGUUACAAUUCCAAAUUCCCUGUUCCAAAGGAAAGAUUACCUCAACUAUCGAUAUUUCCAUAAACGCGCCUACUACAUAGCUUGUAUCGCAGCGGGCAUCAAAGAUGCCGGGGAACCGGAUUUUAAGAUAAGCUGGAUCUACCAAGAUGGCAAUACGCUCCGUCCUGUUAUUUUGCUGGAGCCCACUGAAAAUGCUGAUGAAUCGUUCAUUCGCUCUAAAUCCUGCAUCCGUAUCCUCACCUCGAUCGAAGAUGCUGUUUUCCCGAUGCCCCUUACGCUGCCCACCAGCAACAACAUCCGAAAGGGCAACGCCGAUCAGGAUCAGCAAAGCAAUUCCUCUCAAGCGGCUGUGGGCCACACUCCGACCCCAAUUUACAAUGCAACUCUCCGGUCCGAGGCGUCCGUUUCGGCUUUCUUGAAACUUCAAUAUGCCGCUAGUCUCAAGUGUGCUGCCUUCCGAGAUGCAUGUAUCCUUGGACGAAUUUGGCUUCAGCAAAGAGGUUUUGGAACAUCCUUCGCACAAGGCGGCUUUGGCCAUUUUGAGUGGGCUACACUUUUAGCCUUGCUUCUUGAGGGCGGCGGGCCCAAUGGGAAACCACUGCUCUCCCCGAGUUACAGCAGCUAUCAAGUGUUCAAAGCCACAAUUCAGUUUCUUUCGGGCAAAAAUCUUGUCCAGCCAUUCAUGUUACAGGCAGGUGAUGUUUCCAAAAUACCUGCUUCUGAUGUGCCUGUUUUCUUUGAUGGAAAACGGGGUUUGAAUAUUCUCUACAAAAUGUCCUCAUGGUCAUACGCUCUACUACGCCACGAGUCUCAUACAACAUUAAAAAUGCUCAACGACUACCUUCGUGAUAAUUUUAAUGGCAUUUUUAUUUGGAAAGUUGACGAUCCUCUCUGCAGAUUUGAUCAUCUUAUCUCAGUCUCUCCACAAACCGCCCUUUCUUCAACUCUUCACAUCGUUAAAUACCAAUCGUCUAUCUACCAAGUCCUUUCAAAAGCUUUGGGUAAUAGAGCAAAACUCAUCAACCUUUCCAUUCCAGAUACCCCUGCUUGGCCUAUUGAUUCAGGAGCUCUCCCUUCCGCCAAAGGAGAUAGCUCCUCGGUCACCAUAGCAUUACUUCUUGAUGCUGAACAUUCAAACCGAAUAGUCGACCAUGGUCCUUCCGCCGAAGACAAAGAGGCAUCUAUUACCUUCCGAAGGUUUUGGGGUGACAAAUCCGAACUUAGACGGUUUAAGGAUGGAAGUAUUAUGGAAAGUUUGGUGUGGUCUGAUCGUGCUUCGGAUCCACCAAUUGUCCAACAGAUUGUAUCCCAUAUCCUAAAGCUACAUUUUGGCUUAGACGAAAGUCGCAUUGCCCUUGCCAGCUACGGUCUCAACGCUGACUAUUUUAACGGUGCCAGCGCAUUGAACCCCACCGCUCCCUUUCAACAGUAUAUGGAUGCGUUUGAUUCCCUUGAAAAGUUACUUCAAGGCAUGGACGGACUCCCGCUCACAUUGCACCAGUUAUCCGCAGCUAGCUCUCUAUUGCGAUACACAUCAACCCAGGUCUCAAGUAGUGGCCUGACGCCACAUAACCCUGCCGACAUCAUUCUCCAAUUUGAGGGCUCGACGCGCUGGCCAGAUGACCUGACAGCCAUCCAGAUGACAAAACUUGCAUUUCUACUGAAGAUUGCCGAACUUCUCAAGGAAUCGAAAGAGUUCGCAUCCUGCCGAAUAGGCAUAGAGAAUGAAAGCAGAAAAUUUCUUAACACCUCAUUCCUUGACAUUGUCCUCCCCAGUUCCAUUCUAUUCCGCCUUCGCAUCUACCACGAUAGAGAACAAACUCUGCUGGAACAACAGCUGAAAAGGAAAGACGUAGCAGGUCGUCAAAAGGAAGACCUAGCUUUUGCCCUCGCCACACACAGACGUAAUUUCAUCCAAGCACCCCGACACACUCAGACGAUCCGAACUCUAUCCACGCGCUAUCCCCUCCUUUCCCCAACCAUUCGUCUUGUGAAAAAAUGGGCAAACUCUCAUCUCCUAACUCCAUACCUACGAGAGGAGCUCUUAGAACUAAUUGUCUGCCACGUCUUCGUCCAUCCAUACCCUUGGGAUCCCCCUUCCAGUAUUUUAACUGGCUUUCUGCGAACCCUCCACUUCCUCUCCCGUUGGGACUGGCAACUAGAACCGCUGAUAGUCGAUCUAAAUCAAGAAUUGACUCCGCAACAACUGUCCGAGAUCCAAAAGCGUUUCGACGCCUGGCGCAACAUUGACCCGAUGAUGAACACCGUCGCCCUCUUUGCAGCAUCAAACCUCGACCCUGAUGGUGUCUCAUGGACCCAAUUUUCCAAGCCGCCACGAGUUGUUGCUGCGAGGUUAUCUGCGUUAGCAAAAUCAGCCAUGAAGCUCGUCACGGAAAAGAGACUAGAUUUGAAGGCGCCAGAACUCUUCCGAUCACCCCUGGCGGAUUAUGAUUUUGUACUCAGGUUGCAUCCGAAGUAUGUUUCUGGCUCCCAUAAUAAAAAGAAGAAUCAGAUGGUGUUUAAAAAUGUUCAGGGACUGGGUCAGGGGGGGUUUGGUGACGAUAUGACCGGAUUUAAACCUGCUGCGGUGUUUGCGGAUGAGUUGAGCCAUUUAUACGGACACGUUAUUAUGCUUUUUCAUGGGGAUGACGAGGAAAGUGGUGGUGGUGUGAUUGCUGGAGUUUGGAAUCAGCAGACAACCAAACCAAGGCCUUGGGGUUUGAAGAUUCGAUAUUCGAUUGUACCGUCAAAUGUUGAAGGGAGUGACGAAGAUGGGACUGAGCUCAUACCUAAUAAGUCAGCGAUUUUAAAUGAGAUUGCCGCGUUGGGUGGUGAGCUCGUUAAGAAAAUUCAGGUUAAUCGAUAA